AAUAUCAUUCUUCAACCUCAACAGCAACAGUAAAGUGUUCUUUCUGAACCUCCUCAGCAGCACCAGCAGCGAAGCCAGCUUCAAAAGCAACAGCAACGUAUCUUUCAUCCUCCUUUUCAAGAACAAUAUGUUUUUCAACAGCAAUACGAUCCUCAAAUACUUCAUUUGUCUUCCACUUUAAGACGUGUAUUUCUAAACAAUCUCAUGCUAAGAAAAAAGAUGACGAUGACAAAGAUCAAGAUCCUGGUGAAAAAUCUGGUUGGAAAAAUAGUGAAAUUGAGAUUUUACUUGAUUAUCUUCAAGAAAAUUUCACAUCUUGGUCUAAAGGAAAUAAAACUAAAUUUUAUAAUGAUAUGGCAAAGAAUAUUUUACCAUAUAAAGA